CCUGCGCUGGUUCGUUCGUGUGUCGUACAGAUGUUCGGUUCGGUUCGGUUCGGUUCGUCUCGUUUUUAUUUCAUUUUUAGUUUUGUUUGGUUUCAUUGAGCUUAUUUGAGCUCCGCGUCCUCCGUUAGCGCGCCUGUUCCUAACCCAGCGCAGCUGCGCUUGUUUUUGGCUCCUGGGGGACUUUUAUUAUAUUCGCAGACUUGGUUUUAGAGAAUCUGCAGCCGGAGCUGAGCCGACUGGGAACUCUAAUACUACCAAUAACGCUCUUUGCGCAGUGAACCCCUCGCCAGGCAGCAGAACCGUAGGAACCGUUAGAACCAUCAGAACCUUCCCAGCAUGGACGUGCUGAAUGUUCUGUGUUUUCUCUCGCUGUGCUGGUGGUCCGUGCUCAGUAAACCCACCCUGAGGAAAGAAAGAGUUCAUCAUGAUCCCGAACUCAGCAGACAGCCUCAUGACGACAACGAGAGCCACCAGUAUGACCACGAAGCCUUUCUGGGGAAAGAGGAUGCCAAAACGUUUGACCAGCUGACACCAGAGGAGAGCAAAGACAGAUUAGGGAAAAUUGUAGAUCGCAUCGAUGGAGACGGUAACGGAUACAUCACCACAGACGAGCUGAACACGUGGAUAAAGAGGGUUCAGAAGCGCUACGUGUACGAGAAUGUGGCGAAAGUCUGGGCUGAUUAUGAUCUUAACAAAGACAACAAAAUCUCAUGGGAAGAAUACAAGCAGGCGACGUACGGAUAUUAUCUAGCGAAUCCUGAGGAGUUUGAGGACGCCACAGAUCAGUUCAGCUUCAAGAAGAUGCUUCCACGGGACGAGCGAAGGUUUAAAGCCGCUGAUCUGGACGGAGACCUGGCGGCUGAACGAGAAGAAUUUACUGCGUUCCUUCACCCAGAGGAGUUCGACCACAUGAAGGAAAUUGUGGUCAUGGAAACAAUGGAGGACAUUGAUAAGAAUGGUGAUGGUCAUGUAGAUGAGGAUGAGUACAUUGCGGACAUGUUUGCUCAUGAAGAAGGUGGUCCAGAGCCCGAUUGGGUGAAGACCGAGAGAGACCAGUUCUCUGACUUCCGUGACCUGAAUAAAGAUGGAAAAAUGGACCUGGAGGAGAUCCGACACUGGAUCCUGCCUCAGGAUUAUGACCACGCGCAGGCCGAGGCCCGACACCUGCUGUACGAGUCUGACACCGAUAAGGAUCAAAUGCUGACCAAAGAAGAGAUCUUGGAGAACUGGAACAUGUUUGUGGGCAGUCAGGCGACCAAUUAUGGUGAGGAUUUAACCAGGAACCAUGAUGAGCUGUAAGCUGGACAGUGUCUGACCACAUCGUGGUCCAUCAUGGUUCGCCGAUGGUCAUUGUCAGGUGAUGGCGUUCGGGUUUAGAGCCUAAAAUCUGCAUCCAGGAUAAUGACUUGAGUCGCUGACUGACCGGCUGGCCUUUAUGGAUCUACCUCAGUGCCUGAACACUCGGUGAAGCCCAAAGCCGGGACAGAAACUUCAUCCCUUCCUCAUCUGUUUAUCCUUCACUGCUUUGUUUGUUCCUGCAUGGAUUUGGACACUCCGUUGUUUUUAGCUGACACUGAUUUUUUUUUUAGCCCGAAAUGAGCCUGAAUCGUGAAGCUUCAGCAGCUGUUUGUUUAUUUCUGUGCCAAAAUGUAAAAAACAGACUAAAAAUUCUAGCUGUAUUUAUUUAGGCGUUCAUUUGAGGACAUUAUCUAAAUAUUUAUAACUUUCUCUAAAUGUUUUAAAGCAGUAUUUGUUUCAGAGGCUUUUAUAAAGAUCCAGUUCCAUUAAAAUAACAGAGAAUAACGUUUUUAACGUCGAGUGUCAGCCUGUGGAGGCCUCGGUUUUGUUGAAUUCUGAUGUGGUUAAAACACUUUGAAUUUUGUUGACUCGAGCUGAAUGAUUUUUAUUUUGUUUUUUUUUUUCUAUUUUGUAGUGCAUUUGCUGUCUUAUUUUUGAAAAAACUGUUUAAACGUUUUUGUUCCGUCUCAUAAAGGGUUGCAUGUUUUAGAUUGACAUCUGUGGUAUUUGAGGUUUCAUUUGAAGGUUUACACAAAAAGUGAAAAGACUUUAUCUGUUAUUUAAAUAAUAAAUAAUUUACAGAACA